AUGUUGUGUAACACACAGAUAGAAGUUGGGGACUUCGACGGAUACGGUCUGAAUGGUGGACUGUACCUCACCAUGGAUCAAACGGACAGUCCACAGUUCCUCACCUGCUCAGCAGCGACUUAUACUUCACUGACCAUCAGCUGGGUGAAGCCGAGAGCGCCCCUUAUCGGAUACAGAAUGAACUACACUAGCGUCGGUGACAGCCCUGCAGAAGUGUACCUGACAGACGCUGGUCCGGAAACUGAGGAACAGAUACUCCAGCAUGUCCUAGCUGACCGGGAAUACAGCGUGACGCUUGUAGCUGUUGGGAUGUAUAAGGAGAUGACGCCGCCACCUGAGGACUUUAGGGUGAAAGACAUCACAGAAACGUCCAUCACAGUUUCGUGGAUACAGAGGACCAACUCACUCGCUAUUGGCUACAGGAUGUGGAUAGGGCGGAGUGAUAUAGCAGGGAGCCUGUUCACACAAUUCGUGCCCACAGGUCAAACAGAUCUGACUUUUAGUGACCUCAGCCCUGCCACAGAGUAUGUGAUAUCAGCCACAAGCAUCAACAGGUACAACGAGGGACCAGCGGUGAACAUUAUUGCGGUAACAAAAACGCCUAGUCCAACGGCACUGUACGUUAAACAGAAAACAACCAACACUGUGAUAAUCUCCUGGUCACCACCUGAAGCUGUGAUCACAGCAUACAACAUAACGUACACAGGAAAUGGAAGAAGUACUUCCGUAAUGGAACCAGGGGAUGUAGACAGCUGUAAACUGACAGGUCUGGUUCCUGGUUCUCAGUAUGACAUUGACUUGGUGGCCGUAAGCAGGUUAGGGAGGAGCCUCGCCGUCAGUACAAGUGUUAUUACAGACACAGAUCCACCCUCACGUCUUAACGUCACCAAGUCCUCCACGACCUGGCUGUUCCUGGAAUGGACCCCGCCUGUAGCCAAUAUUUUAUCCUACAACUUGGAGAUUUCAGACCAAUAUGGCAGUACAAGAGCAUUCCUGGGACUCGAGGGGCACACAAUGUCCUAUAACGUCACGGAUCUUGUACCAGAAACGACCUACGUCUUCAAAAUGGGGGCCUUCAGCAAGUAUGGUCGUAGCGUGGACAUCACUUAUUCAAGCAGCACAGUGACUUCCCCUGGUAGAUCAACGGAGCCUCCCAGUGUCUCACAGACAUCGACUCCGGCCUUCGUGCAGACGGUUUCAGCAGUCAUCGAUGUGUUACCUAAACAGAAAAUGCAACAUGCAAGUGACUCCGAUAAUGCAUUAGAAAAUGACCUUAUCCACACGAGUGCCACCGAUCUCUCCCCGAGGCAGCAGCUGAAGGUGUUAAAAGAGAAGAAGAAGGAAAAGGAAGACAUGAAACCUACCGUUCAGAUCCUGAGCAGAGAAAACUACGCCCUGUCGAUGUCAGCUGUGGGCUGCUCAUCUUGGGAUGACGAUACGAACCAAUGGGGGCUGGAGGACUGCGAUGCUGACAUUGAUCUCGAGGACGGGGUCAUCAGCUGCACGUGCCCCAUGACCGAGUGGAAGGUCUCUGUAGGGACCAUGACUCUUCAACUCCCCAACUCCAUCAACUUCAUCAACGCGUUCAAGAACUUCCUCCACCUGAGCGACAACUCCGUAGUGUUCUCCAUCGUGGUGUCCGAGUUCAUCCUGUACCUCCUUCUCAUGGUUCUCUUGUGCGUGGACUUUCACCAAUUAUCGAAGGCCUUUCGUCGUCCAUUCACACGUCAGGUAAGUCCCAUUACCGGAGCGAGUGGAGGAGCAAAGAACCGAAGUGAGCCGCUGUGCAAAGUGAGUCUGGUCCCUCCUGACAGGAUGGUCGCACGUCAUGUCUAUCAACUCACGGUCACCACCGGGUCCAUGUUCGGGGCAGGGACUACCUCACGGAUCGGCUUCCAACUCUUCGGGUCAGAGGCCACAUCCCCAGUCAAGAUGCUGAACCCAAAAGGAGAGGCUUUGUUGCGUGGAAGUACUUUACAUUUUGUCAUGCCUGUGCGAGAGUCACUUGGAGAAGUGCUGUUGUUGCACAUCUGGCAUGAUAACUCUGGGGAAGGCGACACGGCAUCCUGGUUCCUCGGAAGUUUUGUCGUCAGAGAUAUGGAAACGGGCGUGGUAUCGUACUUCACCUGCAAUGACUGGUUAUCAACAGAAAAGGGAGACGGUGAAGUGCAGAAGGUGAUUCACACAAGUACCGAAGAUGAGCUGACAUCCUUUACCAAUGUCUUCAAUGAGGCAACCAGAGACGUGUUCUACGAUAAACAGCUCUGGACGUCUGCCCUUGUAGCAGCACUGGGUUCACUCUUUACCAAGGCCCAGCGUCUGUCCUGCUGCUUUACUCUACUGAACACCAUGAUGCUAUCCAGCGCCAUGUGGUACAAGGCAGAAAACACAACUGCCGACACCAGAGUGUUGAACCUGGGGUUUGUUCGUUUCACCAUGCAGAUCUUUGUCCUUGCUGUGGGCCUGGCUGCCAUCUUUAGUCUCCCGUUCCUCACCAAGCCGCAAGUUAUUCUGAAGGAAGACCUGCAGCUGAACCUAUGGAACUCUACAGCACCAAAGAAGGUCUAUCCAACUGCCAUUUCUGAUGUAAAAUCGAUAAGGAAGAAGAAGAAGGAACUGAAUGAGAAGUCAGCCUCAGUACUGAAGGAGUUUAUUCUCCUGUUUAUCUUCGUGGUGCUCCUCUUCUACAUCGCCCAGGCGGAUAAAGACCAACAUGCCUUUGAUGAGACACAGUCAUUGGCGAACAACAUUCUGCAAGAAUAUGAUGCGAUUAAAACUCCGGACCAGUUCUACGCGUGGACUGAGGACGUCCUGCUGCCGACCCUUUACCCAGCUACCUGGUACAACGGAAGGGACAUGAAGUACUUAGACCGACAGUUUGCACACAACACGGGAUCCUUCCGCCUCGGUCCUCCACGUCUGACACAAGUUAGACAACUUCCAGGUGACCUGGGGUUUGAACGCUUUGUCGACCUGCAAACUGCUGCAUGGUGGGAUGCUUGUUUUAAACACAUCUUGGGCCUUGUUGUCUUCAUCAACACCAUAUCCCUACUUCGCGUCGUCCGCUUCAGUCAAACAAUCGGCAAACUCCUGGCUCUUCCCGGCAUCAUGAAGGAGGAGCUCUUGUCGUUCUUGGUUGUUGCUGCCAUCGCCUUUAUCGCCUUCAUCAGCUCAGCACACCUCAUAUUCGGAAUCCACAUGGAGUCUUACGCAGACCUGUACCACACAACGUUUGCACUCUUCGAGAUGAUGCUUGGCAGUUUCUUCGCCCAAGACAUUUUGGAUUCCAACCCUGUCACCGGGCCAAUCUUCUUCUCUUCCUUCAUGAUCUGCAUCUUCAUCCUCCUGAUGAACUUCCUCAUGACCAUAGUGUGUGACGCCAUUUCCGCUGACGUUUACGUUACACAUGACCAAGAGCUUGGAGAGUACAUCUGGAAGAGCUUCAGGGCUAUGUUGGGGUUUCACAGCACGCCAGAUAAGGAGAAUAAACCAGAUGAGCCAAACAUGAAAGGACUGGAGGCCAACAUAUUCAUUAUUCAGGAGAAACUUGAUGAAGGACUGGACAUCUGUAACUCCAUCCUGCCUUCACGGAAAGAUCAAAAGCUGUACAGAAACUGA